GCCGCCAUUUGUGUCAUCGAUCCGGACGAGUUGAAGCCGCCGUCAGUCAGCAACAUGAACGUGUCCGUUUUGAUAGGUUUGGCCCUGACUUUGGCUUUGGCAUCCGCCGCUCCAGCACCCGCUCCAGUGGGUAUGAUGGAUCCAGCAUCCAAUCCUUUCAUCCCAUCUUUUGUGAAGAGUUUCAUCCCAAGUGCCUCUGAAAUCGCAGCUUUGGCCGCCCUCCACACGACACCUGCGCCGCCGCCUCUGCCUACCGCUGCGAAGCCAGCCGCUCCUGCCGCUGCUGCCGCGACCGUCGCAGCCGUCCUCCCCGUCGCGCCGGUCAUAGGCGUGUGAGCCCAGGCAACUUCCGGUAAUAGGCCACGCCUACUCGACCUUCUGACCUUUCCCGCGGUCUGACAUAUGGCUCUGAAAAUCGUCUUUGAUAACUGUCAUGUUUUUUUUUUUUUUUUUUUUUUUCUUAGAAUACAUGUUCAAAUAGGAAUGAGAUUGAUUUGAAUCGUUGUGUCAAAAAAAUGACAGAUGAAGAGCGGAGAGCGGCGAGAGGAAAAGAAAAUGAUGUAGAUAAACAUGGAAUAAAUCUCUAGUCUUG